AUGGAGUCCAUCUCGCCCGUAUACUCGGCGGCCACCGAGAAGCGCUACUCUCCACCAUGGGCGGAUUUGAGUAUCAUUGGUAUCGCCGGUAGCUCGGGCUCCGGCAAGACCUCGGUGGCUAUGGAGAUCGUGAAGUCGCUAAACCUCCCCUGGGUGGUGAUCCUCGUAAUGGACUCAUUCUACAAAAGCUUGAACGCGGACCAACAUGCCAGAGCGCAUAGGAAUGAAUUUGAUUUUGAUUGUCCGGAUGCCAUUGAUUUCGAUGCCUUGGUGCACACCUUGACGGACUUAAAGCAAGGGAAGAAGGCAGACAUUCCUAUUUAUUCAUUCGCCGAACAUCAACGUCAGCCUCAUACGACCACUCUCUAUUCCCCUCGAGUCUUAAUCCUGGAGGGUAUUCUAGCUUUGCAUGAUCAAAGGAUCAUGGACCUGUUGGAUGUUAAGAUCUUUGUAGAGGCAGACAUGGAUGUCUGCCUGGGACGCAGAAUCAUGCGCGAUGUUCGAGAGAGAGGAAGAGACAUCGAUGGAAUCAUUAAACAAUGGUUUCAAUACGUAAAACCAUCAUACAAGUACUAUGUGGAACCCCAGCGAUCUGUCUCCGAUAUCAUUAUCCCCCGAGGUAUUGAGAACAAGACAGCCAUUGACAUGGUGGUGAAACACAUCCAGCGCAAACUUGAGGAGAAAUCAGAGAAGCACAGUGCAGACCUGCGUGAGCUGAAAAAGAUCGCCUCUGAGUUGAAGCUUUCUCCGAAUGUUUUGAUGAUGCCUCAAACGCCCCAGUUCAUUGGCAUGAACACAAUCCUUCAGAACCCGGACACGGAGCAGGUUGACUUUGUGUUCUACUUUGACCGUCUGGCUUCUUUGCUGAUCGAGAAAGCUCUGGACAGCGCGGCGUACGACCCCUCAUUUGUGCGAACGCCUCAAGGAACGACAUACAACGGCCUGAACCCGGCAGGUGUCAUGUCUGCCGUUGCAGUCUUACGAGGAGGCUCUUGUCUCGAGACAGCUCUCAAGCGCACUAUUCCUGAUUGUAUUACGGGUCGUGUUCUUAUCCAGACAAAUGCGCGAAAUGAAGAGCCCGAGCUGCACUACCUCAAAUUACCCGACGGCAUUGAAACCCAUGCUACCGUUAUGCUGAUGGAUCCCCAGAUGGCCAGUGGUGGCGCUGCCUUGAUGGCCGUUCGCAUAUUGAUUGAUCACGGAGUGGAAGAGAAGAAAAUUGUCUUCGUGACAUGUGCCGCCGGGAAGAUUGGCCUUAAGCGAUUGACUACGGUGUACCCUAACCUGAAGGUUAUCGUGGGACGGAUUGAAGAGGAGCGUGAACCCCGAUGGAUAGAGAAGAGAUAUUUUGGGUGCUGA